AUGACGCCCUUCAGCGACCUGUGCGUGCCCACGGCUGUGUGGAAGCUGUGGCUGGGCACGCAUAUGACGACGCCUGGACAUUGGGAGGGACUCCGCGAUGCUGAGCCGAUCACUUAUCAGAACUUCCGCCCUUCUUCCAGCACCAACAGUUCUGUGUUUGGCUGUGCAGAGCUGCGCCUCGACGGUUACUGGGAGCCAGACUACUGCAAGUCCAAGCGCUGCAGCUUUUUGCGCACCAGCUACCUCCACUUCUGCGGCCUGUGUUUUUACAAGGAGCUGGAGGCCAGGUUUAGGGUGGUGGGGUCGCCAGAGCGGCGGCCUGUGUUCUGGAGUCACCAGGGGUGGGCAACGACUACCCGCUGGGGCGGCGCCAGGGCGCUGCUCAAGCAGGUCCCGCCUCCGCCGCCGCAGGGAUCCCCGCAAGGCGACAUCCUGCAGCUGCAGCCUUCCAUGACCCUACGAGUGGCCGAAGUGAACGACCUCAGCAUGUCCAUCACGCUUGAGUUCAAGUUAACCCUCACGUGGAGCGACCCUCGCGUUUACUUCCGCCACCUGGGCGUAACCGGCAAGAAGGGCACGAUGCUCACCAAAGAGGACGGCGGACGACUGUGGCGGCCGCUGCUACGCGUAGCCAACCUGGAUGGCAACAGUCUGAAGGAGCUGGGGCGCCGCUUCCAGGCAAAGGCCAUCGCUCCCCCAACCCAGCCGAACUUCAACGACGUGGACACAGGGCCGAUACGUGCACCUACAAUUGACGCAGCGAUUUCUGGCGCGGGUGGCGUGCUACUUGAGCUGUACUCGUACCCGUUCGACCAGCAGCGGUGCGCCGUGGAGGUGCAGCUGGCGCCGGAGUCUGGUGGCGGGGCGGCGGUGCGGUUCUCACCCAUGGCUGAAGUGAAGUACACGGGGCCCGAGACGCUGGCCAUGUACACGGUGAAGCACGUGCAGCGCACCAACGUCACAGAGAACAGCCUGAGGGUGGAGUUUGAGCUGCACCGGCGGCAGGGCGUCAUCAUGCUGUCCACCUUCCUGCCGUCAGGGCUGCUGCUGCUGGUGAGCUGGGCCACGCUGUUCGUGAAGAUCAGUGAACUCAACGUGCGCGCCAUCAUGUCCCUCACCACACUGCUGGUGCUGUACACACUCUUCUCCAACAUGUCCAACUCGCUGCCCGCCACCGCCUCCAUCAAGCUCAUCGACGUGUGGUUCUUCUUCAUUAUCUUCCUGCUCUUCACCAACAUCGUGGUGCACAUCUGCGUGCGUCCCACCACCACGCCCACCACCACCGCGACGGAGGUGAAGGUGUUUGUGCCCACGCAGCCACAACCUCCACCAAACAUGCCCGAGGCGCCCAGACUCCUGCGCUGGUACCGACUGGUCAUCCUACCGGUGCUAGUGGUGCUCUUCAACCUCAUGUUCUGGCUGGUGGUGCUCACUCAGUGACACACACACACACACACACACACACACACACACACACACACACACACACACACACACACACACACACACACACACACACAGUUAGUUAGUUUUAUUGACUAAAAAUACUCGUAGAAUAAAGUGAAAGGUACAAAAUUCCCAAUGGUCCAAAUAAAGAUUCAUACAUUUCCAAACAUAGAUAAAAGCAAUGUCACCUAAGUAUUCUUUAAGAUUAGGCGAUGCACGGUAACCAACAUUAGCAAACAGUUACUAGAAUUAUCAUAUAACUGACAUAGAUACAUAACUCAACAUAACGGCUUAUAUAAUUUGACCAAUAUUAAUGCAAUAGCUAGUAUGCACAUUAUUCUAAGUAUUGUUUUCUUUUUAGGUCCUAUAACUAUUCAAAACUUCAUACACGUACUUACACAAAACAUUUAAGUCUUCUGUUUCAUUAAAUAACUCAUCUAAAUUUUGUUUGCUUAUCAUAAUUAUAUUUUUGCCUGAUCUGUCUCGUUAGUACGCACUCCAGCGUUGCUCAGUCUGUGUCGCCUGCCCGUUACAUGGACACAUGCGCAAGUCCCGCGGGAUGUGACUCCAACGGCCACUGUCGAUCUUUAAGUCAUGAGAUAUCAGUCGAAUUCUAGUAAACGCCAUACGUGUAAAAUCAGGGAUAUAUAUGCCAUCUGAGUAAAUAUUAUGGACACCUAGACUGGAAUUCACACACACUCACUAGGGUUGCCAACUGUCCCUUAAUAUCCGGAACCGAUCCGUAUUGAAGCGUGAAAUGCUACGUUCCGUAUUGAACCAAUACGGAACACCAUUUGUUCCGUAUUUGCCUGUAUGAAUAGUCAAGCAAAUGAAAUAAAUUAAUAAGUCAUCGUGACCAAAUAUUGAAACAAAUACAUAACCAGUUCACAAAAAUAUAUGAGUUUGUUAGGGGUUUGUCGUGCCGCCCGUGCGUUACGUAAACAGUACACGUAAUAUCUCGCUCCGCCUCCACGUCCACGGUCCAUCACGUGACCAAUGGCUGUCUGUCAGUCUAGAAAUGAGAGGGGCGGAGAACUCUGCAGCUGUGCUGUGCCAUGCCUAUGUCUCAUCCCUGUUAGGUACCUGGUACUGAACAUGGCUACGUCUGCAGGAUCUGUACACUUGGAAAAUGUAUAAGUAAUGGCUAUAUUUAAGAUCCAUUCAUAUUCCAGGUAGCUACUGUCUUCUCCAAAUGAGUUUUUUUUUUUUUCUUUAAUUAAGGGAAAUAUAUUUUUCAGUGUCUCAUUCUUUAGAAUUUAUACAGACACAUGUAGUUUCAAAAAUAUAUUACUGAUAACUUGACUGAUGAACGUAUUUUGCAAUAUAUCCUCAUAUUUAGUCAAGAUAUCCUUGAAUUCCUCCUAAUACAGGGUACUUAUGGAAGAGCUGAUCUUCAAGCCUUGUCAAUAUGAUUGACUUUCUACCCGCCAUCACUG